AUGGAACUGGCACGUAAACUGUUCAUAAAACGGAGGAACGUGGAAUACGUGUUGCAAUACAGCAACGCUACGCCCUUCAUGUGGCACAAGGGCAAAUACAAAUGCUUCUUUUGCAACGAAACUAUGAAAGAUCCGACCGUGUUGCGUGAUCACACAGCCUCGGCACAUCAGUUUGCCAAUUUAGAGCUGGUCGUUUACGAUCGCACGAAAAAUAAUAGGAAUAGGGACGCCGCUAUCAAGAUUGACGUAACCGAUAUCGCUUGCAAGCUUUGCACUCAAACGGUAAAUAACUUAGAGGAGCUGAUACACCAUCUGAUUAUAGCUCACGAUGCCGAGUACGACAUGAGCGUACCCAACUGUUUGUUGCCCUUCAAAUUGGACAAGGACCAGCCCACGUGUCCGACUUGCGACAUGAAAUUCGUUUUCUUCGAAUAUUUGUUACGUCACGCAAAUAAGCAUCAUCUCUCGCACCAUUAUAUCUGUGACGUUUGCGGCACGAGUUUCCAAGGGGAGAAUCAUUUGAAAAUGCAUUAUAGGUACUAUCAUAGAGAAGGCGGAUACACCUGUGAGUACUGCGGUAUUAGUCUGGCGACGUUGUCCAAGAAAAUUCUACACGAAAAAAAUGUUCAUUUGGUUAACUUAUUGACGUGCCCGCACUGUCCCGAAACGUUUAAAAGUCCGUAUUUAAAGAAGUUACAUUUGGCGAAUGUUCACGGCGUCGAAGAGCUUAAAAUUAAGUGUCCUUACUGUCCCAAAGUAUAUCCCCAAGAGAGCAUAAUGUCGCGGCAUAUGAGGCGAGUACAUCUAAGGGAAAAGAACGUUGAAUGCGAGAUAUGCGGAGACAGAUUUUUCGGGCCAUAUGACGUAAAACUUCACAUGGUCAAACACAACGGCGAAAAGAAGUUUGUUUGCACGGUGUGCGGAAAGAAAUUCUCAAAAAAGAGUAACUUGAAUUCUCAUUCGGUUCUACAUACUGGCCAGAAGCUGUAUAUAUGUAGUUUCUGUAAUAAAGCGUUCACGCAUCACACAAACAUGAAGAUGCACAUAAGGAAUAGACACGAGUCGUACGUUGUUGAUUCGCAUCAGGUUGAAGAUAUUGGUCUCGAUAACCCUGAGAUAUUGCAGAUGGAAAUAAUACAGAACGACACUGACGAAGGGAUAGUGGCCGAAGAGAUAAUUUUCGCGUGA